UCGGGUCGGAACUCUUGGGCGGCCUUAUCACUGGGUCGGUCAGGGGUCACGGGUUAUCGUUAUCGCUUAUCAGCCAGCGGCGGCGUCCUCGCAGCGCCGGCGACUCUUUCUUGUCACUUUGCGGCAGUUCCGAUUCGAACGCAGCCGUUUACAUAGACAUGCAGCGGGCGCGCUCUACACUGUCACAAAAGCUUCGGUUUUUCCUUAGUCGGGACCUGAACACCAAAGUUGCCAACCCGGUAAACUUCGAUACCAGAAAGCUGAGCGGAGCUUUAACUCGCGUCGCCGCCAAAAAACAACCAUCACCACCAUCACCAUUCUUGCCGGCGAUCAGACGAUAUUCGGACUCCAAACAGAGCACUUUGAAGAACAUGGCCGAUCAGAAAAUGCUGCAAACCCCGCUGGCACAGGGCGAUCCGGAGCUGGCCGAGCUGAUCAAGAAGGAGAAGGAGCGCCAGCGCGAGGGUCUCGAGAUGAUCGCCAGUGAGAACUUCACCUCGGUGGCGGUCCUCGAGAGCCUGAGCUCCUGCCUGACCAACAAGUACUCCGAGGGAUAUCCCGGCAAGAGAUACUACGGUGGCAACGAGUACAUCGACCGCAUUGAGCUGCUCGCCCAGCAACGCGGACGCGAGCUGUUCAACCUGGACGGUGAGAAGUGGGGCGUUAAUGUGCAGCCUUACUCCGGAUCCCCGGCCAAUCUGGCUGUCUACACGGGCGUCUGCCGGCCCCACGAUCGCAUCAUGGGUCUGGAUCUGCCCGAUGGCGGCCACUUGACGCACGGUUUCUUCACGCCCACCAAGAAGAUAUCGGCCACAUCGAUCUUCUUCGAGAGCAUGCCGUACAAAGUGAACCCGGAGACGGGUAUCAUCGACUACGACAAGUUGGCGGAGGCGGCCAAGAACUUCCGUCCGCAGAUCAUCAUUGCCGGCAUCUCGUGCUACUCCCGUUUGCUGGACUACGCCCGUUUCCGUCAGAUUUGCGAUGAUGUGGGCGCCUACCUGAUGGCCGACAUGGCCCAUGUGGCGGGCAUUGUGGCCGCCGGAUUGAUACCAUCGCCGUUCGAGUGGGCCGACAUUGUGACCACCACCACGCACAAGACGCUGCGAGGUCCGCGCGCCGGCGUGAUCUUCUUCCGCAAGGGCGUGCGCAGCACCAAGGCCAAUGGAGACAAGGUACUCUACGAUCUGGAGGAGCGCAUCAACCAGGCGGUGUUCCCAUCACUCCAGGGGGGUCCGCACAACAACGCCGUCGCUGGCAUUGCCACCGCCUUCAAGCAGGCCAAGAGUGCCGAAUUCAAGGCAUACCAGACGCAGGUGCUCAAGAAUGCCAAGGUCCUGUGCGAUGGCCUCAUCUCGCGAGGCUAUCAGGUGGCCACCGGCGGCACCGACGUCCAUUUGGUGCUGGUCGAUGUGCGCAAGGCUGGUCUGACCGGCGCCAAGGCCGAGUACAUCCUCGAGGAGGUGGGCAUCGCCUGCAACAAGAACACUGUGCCCGGCGACAAGUCCGCCUUGAAUCCCUCGGGCAUCCGGCUGGGCACACCUGCCCUGACCACUCGCGGCCUCGCCGAGCAGGACAUCGAGCAGGUUGUGGCCUUCAUCGAUGCUGCCCUGAAGGUGGGCGUCCAGGCAGCCAAGCAGGCCGGCAGUCCGAAGAUUACCGACUACCACAAGACGCUGGCCGAGAAUGUGGAGCUCAAGGGCCAGGUGGACGAGAUCCGCAAGAACGUGGCCCAGUUCAGCAGGAAGUUCCCGCUGCCCGGUCUGGAGACCCUGUAGGUGCUGCCUGCACCUAUUAUUUGUCCCUUUUUUUGUUCGCCUUCUGAUUUACACCCUCGAAAAGUCCGCUUUUAAUAUCAUAAGUGGAAUUAGUAGUUAAGCCAUUAAACGCAUUUCAGUUUACAUACCA